AUGCAAGAAGUAAUUGAAUUAUCAGAUAGUAUUACCAACAGUGGAAUUUUGAAUAAUAAUGAAGACCAAAUAGAUCGAAAACAGGAUGAUCAUAUUGAAAUUAUUGAUCUUUCAAUAACUGACUAUGUUACUCCCAAAGCUAAGAGUAUAUCUAGUACAGUAGAAUUUGGUGAUCCGUUACCAUCGUCACCUACCACAUGUCAUGUGAAUUUAGUUGGUAACGCUAGUACAUCAAUAGAUGAAAGUUCCUAUUAUUAUUUUAAUAGUAAUAACAUAAAUAAAAAUCAUAAUAUUAAUGACAAUAAUUCUAUAGAACUAUCUGCACCUCUAAUAUAUGAUGUGAAUGAAGAAAUAACUGAUAACUCAGAGUGUCAGAAUAUUAAGCGAUCUCUGAUCGAAUUAAACGCCACAUUUGAUAAUAUUCCAGAAGAUUCAUCCAAUAAAGAUAUAGAACCAAACAAAAUAUUUUUAGACAAUAUAGUUAAUGAUAAUAAUAAUGAUAGCAUAAGUGAUAGCGAUUUAUCCUUUAAUAAACCAUUGAAAAAUAGGUCGUAUAAUGAAAGUACAGGUACGCUAAAAGAUAAUAAUUUCAGGCCUAUUGACAUUGAGAGUGGGUCACAAAAAAUAGAGGAAAGCUUUCAUUUAUUACCUACUGGAAUAGAUAAAAUGAAUGCACAUAUUGUAUUGCAGGAAGAACAAACAAAUAUUGAAAGACAGCCUACAAAUAAUUCUAAAUCUACUUUACCUGACACAAUUUCAAAUUGUAAAAGUCAAGAACAAAUAAUCCGUAAUGAAAAGAUACAGUCUAAAACUAUAACAAUUUAUGACAAUGUAAUAAGUAAACCAAUUGAUGAUACCAUGAAUGUUAAUAGUAAUAGAAGCGAUUCUAAAAAAUUGAAUGACUCUCAAAACACUAACAAUACAAUUAUUAAUUGUUUACCUAUUAGUAAGACUUCAACUGUUACUAAAAACAUUACUGGUAAUAGUGUUCGUAUCAGAAAGAUCCUUAGUAAAGGAAAGCCAUUGACUGAAGAUGUUGCAUUAGAUAUUCCAAUGUUUUUAAAUGAUUCUGAUAGUGAUUCUUCUAAUUAUAAUUUAAGUAGUCCUCCCAAGAAAAAAUUAAAGAGAAGAAGAUCUAUACAAAAUUUAACUACCAACACUGAUCUUGACAACAUUAUAUUACCGUUAUCGAGAGCUAAAACUAUGGAUAGUCGUUUAUUAUCUAGCUUCAACCAUGAUGGUAUAGAUAAUUUCUAUAAUAAUUUAAAAACAGAAUUUGAAAAAUUGUCUCAAUAUAUUCUUAAUGGUAAAAAAUUUACCGAUAUAGAAUCAAAAGAGAUGAUUCAAAAGAGUUUUAGAGAUAACAAAGAUUCAUUUAAGAAGGUUAAUCAACUUUGCAAAGAUAAUCAAAAGAUAAGAGAGCAAAUUAUUGUUGAAAUUUCUAACUCAUUAUUCACAAUUUUCAAGAAAGAAGAGCCUCAUUUAAUUGAACUAGUUCAACCAGCCACAUUACAGAAAUCAUACGAUGAUGAACUUCCCUUAAUAAGAUUUUUAAGAAGAGUAGACAGUGUAUAUGAUUUUAAUCACGACUAUUAUUAUCCAUGUGAAACACAAAUAAUGGAGGAAAGUGAAGUUCUAUUGUAUUAUGAUGCAAAGACAUUUUUCCAACAAUAUUCUAGAGAUAAAAGAAUUUUAUAUAAGUAUAUAAGGAAAUUGGUUAAGAGGAACAAAUAUGUUAUAUUGAUACUAUAUGAUUUGAAUAAAUUGAAAAAAGCUAUUGAAUUAAUUGAAGAUUAUCGAUACAAGGAAAGAGUUAAUCAAAGAUUAUCUACCACUACAAUAAACAAUAAUUUUAAUCAAAAGAAUAACACCAGACUCAAAAAUGACAUUAUGAAUGAGAUUGAUAAUUUAGGAAUGCAAGUAUUUGACAUUGAACAAAGAAUAAGAUUUAUUGAUAGACAUUGGGGUAUCAAGAUCCAUACGGUUAAUUCACAUCAAGAUUUUUUACAAUCUUUAUCUAACUUAAUUACUAUUAUAGCUAAAAAAAGAAUGGAUCCUGCAUUACGGUUCAUGAAAUAUGCACAUAUAAAUGUUAGAUCAGGUUCUGAUAAGACGGAUAUAUUGAAAAAGACAUUGCAUGAAAUUGGUAGAAUUCCAGAUAUGAAAACAAGGAGUAUCACUAAACAAUAUCCAAAUUUGCAAGAAUUAUUUCAAGAUUUUUCUAUUGGACAAUUACAAUCCGGAUUAGAUGGCAGAUAUUUGAUGACGGAAAAAAUGGAAGCAAGAUUAUGUAAAUUAUUUACAUGUAGAAACCCAGAUGAAGUAAUUGAUUAA